AUGGUUUCCGCACCCGUCCUCGAGACCCCUUCCAAGGCCGCCGCCGCCCAGCUCGACAAGCUCGACCUCUCCAAGCCCCAGCCCAUCGCAGGCAAGCUCGCCCUCGCACAGAAGGAGCAGCCCGCGUCCACCCGCAAGCAGCACAAGUCGGCAGAGGUCGUCGACGAGCGCCAGAAUGACGGACGCGACCGCUUUGUCGGCAACCCCGCCAUCACCUGCGACGCCGACGAGCCCAUCCUCAAGGAGAACGGCAGCCGAUUCGUCCUCUUCCCCAUCCAGUACCACGAGAUCUGGGGACAGUACAAGCGUGCAGAGGCUUCGUUCUGGACUGCCGAGGAGAUGGACCUCUCGAAGGACCUCAACCACUGGGACACGAAGCUCAAGGCCGACGAGAAGUACUUCAUCUCGCACGUUCUAGCCUUCUUCGCCGCCUCGGACGGCAUCGUCAACGAGAACUUGGUCGAGAGGUUUGCUGGCGAGGUUCAGAUCGCCGAGGCUCGCUGCUUCUACGGCUUCCAGAUCAUGAUGGAGAACAUCCACUCCGAGGUCUACUCGCUCCUCAUCGACACCUACGUCCGCGAGCCCGAGGAGCGAACCAAGCUCUUCAACGCCAUCGAGACCAUCCCCUGCAUCCAGAAGAAGGCCGAGUGGGCGCUCACUUGGAUCUCGGACGAGCGCUCCGUCUUCGGCGAGCGCCUCGUCGCGUUCGCCGCCGUCGAGGGCAUCUUCUUCUCCGGCUCGUUCGCGUCCAUCUUCUGGCUCAAGAAGCGCGGCUUGAUGCCCGGACUCACCUUCUCCAACGAGCUCAUCUCGCGCGACGAGGGUCUCCACACCGACUUUGCCUGCCUCCUCUUCUCGCACCUCGAGCGCCGCCCUCACCCCGAAACGGUCGAGCGCAUCAUUCGCGAGGCGGUCGAGAUCGAGCAGGAGUUCCUCACCGAGGCGCUGCCCGUCAAGCUUAUCGGCAUGAACAGCGACCUCAUGUGCCAGUACAUCGAGUUCGUGGCAGACCGAUUGCUUAUCGCACUCGGCAACGAGAAGAUCUACCACAAGGAGAACCCGUUCGACUUUAUGGACAUGAUCUCGAUGGAGGGCAAGACCAACUUCUUCGAGAAGCGCGUCUCUGACUACCAAAAGGCCGGCGUCAUGGCCAAGCAGUCCGCAAAGGAGGCCGGCACCGACGUCGCCAAGGGCACCACGUUCUCGCUCGACGAGGACUUCUAG